AUGGUCGGCGUGUCAUUCUUCCUGCAGAAGGUCGAGUCCAUCAUCAGCCGUGGCGGGGGUGUUGAAGACGUCGAUGCCCCGGGCUGCUUGCCCGAGACGAAGUUUUGGGUGACGGUGGAAGAGGAAGUGGUGGAUGAGACCGAAGCGACAGUGGAGCAACGCCUGUCGGUGCGAGCGCGACCGUCGGCCGACAUGAUGACCUCGAUCCUCGAUGUCGGCCAGCUCCAGCGACAGGCCCGGUCCAGCCCCCUGAAUGGAGAUGUGCUCAGAGCAUUCGACACUUACAACACCGAGAUUGCGAAAGCUGCCAACAUCGACAGCGCAAGUAGUG